AUGGAAUUUAUUAUCAAUAAGAGUGAUUCAUUGUAUUUCUGUAACGAAACCGAGCAAGAGUCUUGCUUGGUGGCAAUAACCCCCUCCGCAACACGCAUGUUCUUGUACAUGUUCAUUGGCAGCGCUGUGUCUAUUAGCAUAAUAUGUGGGAACCUCCUGGUAAUCACGUCUAUCAUUUACUUCAAGCAGCUCCACACACCAACGAACUACCUCAUCCUGUCUCUGGCCGUUGCUGACCUACUCUUGGGUGCUUUGGUUUUGCAGUUCAACAUGGCUCUGUCUGUCAAUUCCUGUAUCUAUUUCGGGGAUUUAUUUUGUAAAAUGCGCCGCAGCUUUGACAUUUCACUGAUGACGACCUCCAUCCUUAACUUGUGUUGUAUUUCCAUCGACAGGUAUUACGCCGUGUGUCAGCCUCUGACUUACAAAACAAAGAUAAACGGUCGGGUGGUUGGGAUCAUGAUUCUGGUAAUCUGGGUUUUGGCCACAGUAUAUGGAUUCGGUAUCAUGUUUGUGGGGCUUAAACACACUGUCUGCGAAGGCCGCUGCUUCAUAUUUCACAUUCCAAAUUCAAAUAUCGUGGUCGCUGUUGUCUCGUUUUACCUGCCAGUGCUCGUCAUGCUCAGCAUUUACUUAAAAAUAUUAACCGUGGCGCUGAAACAAGCACAAAGCAUCCAAAGUACACAAACUGGACGAACAGAGCGAGUGAGUAAGAUGGAAAGAAAAGCCACAAAAACCCUGGCUAUUGUGAUGGGAGUUUUUCUUUUCUGUUGGACCCCUUUCUUUCUUUCCAUGACUUUUAAUCCUCUCAGUGGCUAUUCAAUCCCACUACCCCUGAUUGAAAUGCUGAUUUGGCUUGGAUGGUCAAAUUCAAUGUUUAAUCCCUUUGUUUAUGGCUUCUUUUACUCGUGGUUCCGAGCGGCUUUCAAAAUCAUUAUUUCAGGCAAAGUAUUCACCGGCAAUUAUAGCAACUGUAAACUCCGUUGA